AUGGCAUUAUUAAGGAUUGAAGUAGAAGGCAUAACUUUAAACGGUCAAGAAAAUACCACAGAAUCAACUGUUACUACAAUUCAGGAUACUAAUUUCCUAGCUGAAAAUAUAUCAAUUACAAACGCUAAUGAUGCAAUCGUUGAAAAUAAUAAUAAUCUUCAACAGGAAAUAGCGGGAAAUUCAAAUGACAAUAUUAGUAAGGAUGAUAAUAAUAAUAAUAAUUCGGAAGCAAAUAAUCACUCAGUAUCAAAUUCUUCAUCACAAACAACUGAAAAUCCUAGAUCCGAUGGUUCCAGACGACAAAAUCGUCAUUAUGGAAAUCAUUCACCAGGAAAUAAAAACAAAAAAACUACCCAUAAUAAUAAAUCCACUAAUAAAAUCUCUACCGGUGAUUCUUCUUCUUCCAAUUCAACAUCAACAUCAUUACAUAAUGAUAGCAUUCCCGCUUCAAAUGAAGAAAAAUUGGAUGAUAACACACGACAAAUUACUAUUAUAGAACCACCAAUAUCAAUAACAGAGAAAAAGGAUCUUGAAAUGGCAUAUUGGAGAUGUCCAGGCUGUCAAAAUCAAUUAAAUACAAUUCCUGAUAAAUAUUUAUGCUUCUGUGGUAAAAUGGAAAAUCCUCCGAAUAAACGUUGUUUCACACCACAUAGUUGCGGCCAGAAGUGCGGGCGAAAGCGCGAAAAAGUAGAAUGUCCUCAUACUUGUACAAGCCUCUGUCAUCCUGGUCCAUGUCCUGUUUGUCCAGCUAUGGGUCCUGUUCAAUAUUGUUAUUGUGGUCGUGAGAAAUAUCAAUUCCGUUGUUCCGAUCCUAAUUAUUCCAGUGUCAAAUCUUGUGGGAAGACAUGCGGUCGAUUGCUUGAAUGCGGUAAACAUUAUUGUGAAAGACCUUGUCACGAAGGUGACUGUCGAUGUGAGAUUAUUGAAAAGCAAAAAUGUUAUUGUGGUCAAAGUGUGCGUGAGGCUAAAUGUGAGGAAGGAAAUGCAACGACUUGUUACGAAAAAACAAAUUCAAAGGAUGAUUCUUGGAUUGGAUACUUUUCUUGUGAAAAAAUAUGCAAUAAACUUUACGAUUGCGAGUUUCAUUCAUGUACUAAAAAAUGUCAUCCAAUCGGAGAGGUGGAGCCUUGUCCUUUCAAUCCAUCACGUUUAAAGUCUUGCCCUUGUGGAUCACGAACAAUAAAGGAAUUACUUGGUCGUGAAAGAACUUCUUGCAAAGAUGAAAUUCCUUUGUGUACGCAAAUCUGUGGAAAGCUAUUAGAAUGUGGUCAUAAAUGUCAAAGUACUUGCCAUCAUGGAGACUGCAAGUGUGACGUUCACAUACUUGUAAAAUGUCGUUGCGGCAGCACUGAAUUUGAUAGGAUUUGUUCAGAAGUGUCUGGUAAAAAUGAUAUUCAAGAAUUACUAUGCGAUAAAAUGUGUCAAGGUCUGAAAAGUUGUGGUAAACAUCAGUGUAAUGUAAAAUGUUGUCCUGCAGCUUCGAAACAAAAUCUAAAAGGCAAAACCCCCGAAAGUUUUCAAGAUGAAUAUGACCACGAAGAAAUUCAUAAAUGUAAAUUUAUAUGUGGCAAAAAAUUAAGAUGUGGUAACCAUAAUUGUGAGCUUAAUUGCCACAAGGGUCACUGCAUGCAAUGCUUAGAAGCUUCUUUUGAAGAGUUAACUUGUUCUUGUGGAAAUACAAAACUUUAUCCACCCAUACCAUGCGGCAAGAAAUUACCAGCAUGUCAACAUCAAUGUAAUCGUACACAAUCAUGUGGUCAUAAUUCCGUUCCACAUCUAUGCCACGAAGAUGGGAAUUGCCCACCUUGUCCGUUUCUUGUUAGCAAAUUAUGUUCAUGUGGUAAAAGGGUUGUUAAUAAUGUUCCAUGUCAUCAAAGAAAUGUCAGCUGUGGUAAAGCAUGUGAUCUAAUACUUGAAUGCGGAGGUCAUCGUUGUAAAAGAAUCUGUCAUCAAGAUAAUUGUUUAUCUAAUGGUGUAACUCCUGGAAAAUGUUCUCAGCCAUGUGGUAAACCUCGAAAAUCAUGUGGUCAUAAAUGUGAUGCAACCUGCCAUGCUCCUGCAAGAUGUCCUGAUAACAUUCCCUGCAAAGCCAAAAUUACAAUUAAAUGUAAAUGUGGCAACUUGUCUCAUGAAACAACAUGUAAUACAACCACCGAAAAUGCCGAAGAAAUGAAAAAUCGACGUUUGAAUUGUAAUGAUCAUUGUGCUGUAGUUGAAAGGAAUAGAAAAUUAGCAAGUGCUUUAGAAUUAGACGAUCGUGUCGGAGACGGAAACGCUCCAAAAUUGGUUCCAGAAUAUGAGGAGGAUUUAUUGAGUUAUUAUUCUUCAAACAAAGAAUGGGCAAAAAAUAUCGAAUCUAUGUUAAACAAUUUCAUAUUAAAAUCUGAAAAAAAAUUAUUAAAUAUGCCAGCGAUGAAAAAACUUCAUCGAAAAUUUAUACAUAACUUGUGUGUUCAUUAUCGAUUAGCAUCUGAUAGUAUGGAUGUUGAACCAUAUAGAAGUGUUGUUGUGACGAAAAAAAUCGAUUCAUUAGUUCCAUCUGUCCUACUUUCACAAGCUUAUACAAAUAAUUAUAAAUCUACCAAUCAAAGCCAAGCUGUCUCUUCCCCAUCAUCAUCAACAGCUCAACAGCCUGUAAGAAAAAACAAACAAGCAAUUAAUGCAAUAUAUCUUAGUGAACUAGAAUUUGGGAUUACUCAUGAAAAGCUUUGCAAGGAUUUAGAACCAUUGCUUAAAAAAACUAAGUUUCAAUUGAAAUGGGUCACAGAAAAAAAUGAUGCCAUGAUUUUACCAUCUGCUGGAUCCAUGCAUGCUGAUGAAUUCGAGACUUUUUUGGCCAAAAUAAAGCUUUUAAUCAAAGAUACCCUAGUUACGAAAGGAAUAGCUGAAUCGGCCGAAUUAUGUUGGGUUAACUCUAAAUAUGAAAUAACUUGGCAGGAAAAUAAAAAGUCAACCGUUUCCGGCAUUGGUAAUAAACCUUCUAAUGUAAUAGAAGUUGAUUUACAAAAUCAAUCAACAAUUCCUCCUUUUAUCUAUACGAACCCUUUUGACACACUUGCCAAGCAACCUUUUGAUGGAAAUGUUAAAAGUGGCGAAACCUCAAAAGCCAAGAAUCCCUCCGAUACAUAUAACAGCAAGCAGCAAAUUUCUGAUCAAAAAGAUAAUGAAUCAAAAUCCAUUAUUUUAAAUAACGAUGAUAUUGUAGAUAAUUGGGAGUUAUUAAGUGAUAAUUAG